ACACAUAAACGCUAGCCGUUCGUUCGCGAUCACAUCACCGACCGAGCCGAGUCAGCCACAGUGAAAGAUAUACAAUUUUGUAGUGAAUAAUGUGUCGUGACGGGCUUUUUUUCUUCUAAAAGAAAAUUUUUAAGAUAACUAUUCUGAUCUUUUAAGUUGGACAACAGUUUCUCUUUUGUGCUCUGCGGCACGUGAACCUGGAGGUGUUGAAAAUCCCAAGCAAAUUCCACUUUAAAGAAUUUCGCCUAAUUAACAAUGAGCGAACACGGAGAAGCUCGUGGUGGCCACAUGGGCACAAGAGUUGGUGCAACAGCCCCAAUUGAGCACCACCACUUCCAGGGCAGCAUAGAGGAUAUCGAUAGACAGCUGGAAGCACUCGACCAGGAGAGUGAUUCGGAUUCUGAAUCACUAGAAGAGCUGGAAGCUUGCGAGAACAUCGAAGUGGUCAACAGAGCCAGCGGAUCAGGGGACGGCAGCGAGGACAUUUCCGGGCCGCCCCUGGAUGUAACAGUUCGGUAUACAAUCUGUUUAUUUUGCAAAAAGCCUUUUCAGUUGAAAAAAGAGUUGAAGAAGCAUCUGUUUGAGCACAUGAAAAAUUUGAAACCGAUGAAGGAGAAAAAGAUAGUGGAGAAGAAGUUUAAAUGCCACAAAUGCUUCAAAACGUACACCGAAAUGGCACGCGCCGAAAAGCACAUGACAAAGUGCAAGAAGGUUUCGAAGUUGCUGCUAGAUAUGAGCAAUACUACACCGGACGGCAGUCGAAUACUCGGUGGCGGGGCCGACUACGAAGGCGACAAGAAAAAGAGUGGAAAGUUCCGAGAGCCUACAUCGCCGAGAUCGCUGGUUUUCGAUCCGGAAUCGGAACAAGACGAACGGUGGGAGCACCGAGAACGGAAUCCGGUAGUGCACUUCGACGAACGAGCCCUCGCCCGUGGUACCAGCACAGACGAGUCACCAACUUCUCCGCCAGCCGUUGGCAGCGGUAAAGGUGGAAGUGGCGGCGGUGGUUCAUAUUUUCAGCAGUAUCAACGGUAUGAAACACGAAAGGAGGAGUGAUUUGAUGAAAUUCGCUGCUACAGCAUUGUUGGUAAAAAGCCACUAGUUGUUAGAAUCCAUACAGCAUAUGAUAACGUAAGUAAUAAGUUAUAAGUUGACUAGAAUAAGCCACGGUGUGAGGUCCGAACUUUAUUAUUUUCCGUCAAAUGUUAUUGAAGGCAGUGAGUGCUACUAGUAACAGAAAAGAUAGCUGUUUUCACAAUGUGUUGCAUAAUAUAAAGGACUCAGGAUACAAAAAAAAAAAUACACACAAUUAUAAAAAGGCCGCAAUUGCUGCUCAUUCGAGUGGUUCGAGGUAAGAAGCGACAAAAUACAGCAGAAUACAACAUUUAACCAAUGUGUUUAUUAGUGAUGUAGCGCACCAUGAGACACGCUUUGAUUCGUGGAAUCUGAAAUAUGUUUGAAAGUAUUUGCAGAAUAAUGUUAAUCUUAAUUUAUUUAAACAUAUGAAAUUGUGAUACUUGCCACAUACUUUUGUAACUGAUACAAUUAUACCAAACUUGAGCAAAUCCAAGUUUUAUAUCGGAAUUAGCUUUCCCGCUACUUUCAAACUUUAAUCAAAAAAAGUCAAUAGAAUGAGUAUUUUUUGUGCAUUUAUUGUUAACACACAUUUCUUCAAGCAAAUGAGCAACUAAACACAGCAUAUAAAUUUUCUCCCACUAAUUACAAUUACAGACACACAAAGGUAUUCUUAAAUAUACACCUUCGAUUCACUAACACUACAGUACACAAAUAACUUCAUUAUUUUUCCGAACAUUCGACGGAGAUUUCCUGUGAAAAGAGACGAAUAAAAACCUCACAGUAACUUAUAUUACAUGCAAUCAAGCUAUGAUAGCAUCCGGACGUGACAGAAAAAUGUGGCCGCUACUGAAACUUUCAAUGAGAAAAAUACCCAACCAUAAUUGUGUACUUCUUUCAUCGUUCAAGUAAAAUGUUCUGUUUAAUUAGUCCGUUUAUUCUGUAUAUUAUCAUUCUCAAAAAUACUUGCUUAAGCAUCCUGCAAAUAGAAUCAGGUUUCGUCACAGUAGCUACCACACGUUUCAGCAGUCCUUAAACCAAGACUAUAAAUAGAAUAAAUUCUUAAGAUCGCUGCACGGAAAAACUAUACUAUAUCCAAUUUUAUCAAAAUAAUCUGAAUGAUACAAUGAACUUUUUUUAACAUGCUAAUUUUACAUCCAAUUAAAAUCUGAUCUAAAAAUACCUACAUACCUUUUAAGCAACGAUAUACUGCAGAAAACAAACAAAUUUAGCCUACCGUGUGUGUAUGUGCAUCUUUGGACAAAUGAAAAUUAAACAAAAAAAUUACUCAAGCAGGAGCAACCGUGGAAUACAUCAACAUUGAACGACAGAAAAACAUGACUAGGAAAUAUUGCUAUCAAAAAUCAAAUACCAGUCGGAAACAGUUUAAGAUAAAAUAGAAGGCAAACUAAAAGCAAAAUUUGUGUCUGUAUAGCUGUAAGUAGUGCAUAUACAUACAUAUAUUAGAGAAAAAUAUAAGAUUUUAAUGGACGAUAGCGAUUGAUACACACAGCAGAUCGAAUCUGGAAACCCAAAAACAACCAACAAGUGUUUUUGUGGCUGCAUUCGCUACAUAUAAGUGCGCGGGCCUACGACAGUCGAUUGAAGAUGUACUGAAUAUAUGCAGAUUGUGAGGUAACAUUAUGUUUAUUUUGAACCAAUACCAUCCUUUAAAAAGUAAGCACGCAAUGAGAGAAAAUAAGCCUACCCUCAUCAGCUCUAUUGUAACGACGCUUUGAUGUAGCUCAAAAACUGAACAAUUAUUUCAAUUUAACAACAAGAAAAUAAAUUACUGGUACAUAGAUAAAAUCUGCUGGAACUAAGGUGUCUGUAUUUAGCUGUUCAAACGCUAUUGUCCUGAAGAAUAUAAAAAAUGAAAACUUUUAUGUGGCCACACUAUGGUCGUCGUAUACAGUCAAAUUUAGACUACUGUGAGCAAGCAGAGCAGAGUAAUUCGCUUCAGGAUUUGAAAAUUCGAACUCAAUACAAACAUGUAGAUGAAAAAACAAAAACGUACAGAACACGGGCAUGUGACCCACAGGCUGAUGCCGAUGUGAACUUUUUUUUCUCGAAGGUAUUCAAUAAACUAUGCAUAUGAAUCCCUAUCUAUAACUUCGAAAAUAA